AUGCAUCCACGCAACCCGUAUCGUACUCCACCAGAUUUUUCGUAUCUGGCCAAACAAUAUCCUGCUCUCAAACCAUACCUCAUCAGUAAGGCCACAGGUACAACGAUCAACUUCAAGGACAACGAAGGACAGAGACGACUCACGGAGGCACUUCUUCACCGCGAUUUCCAAUUAUCUGUAACAAUCCCGGACGACAGGCUUUGUCCCCCUGUACCGAACAGGCUCAACUACAUUUUAUGGAUGCAAGACAUCGUGCAUGCGACCUCCAUCGCGGAACCUGAAAUAUCGAAGAGAAUUAUCAAGGGAGUUGAUAUCGGCACGGGAGCUUCUGCAAUUUAUCCUCUGCUGGGCUGCCAAAUUAAUCCUCAAUGGAGGUUUACUGCCACGGACGUCGAUGACCAUUCACUUCAAUGUGCUCGUCUCAACGUGCAACAAAAUAAUUUGCAGGACCGCAUUACCGUGGUCCAGUCGGAUCCUGCUGGCCCAGUCAUUCUAUCGCUCUUUCCAAAUUGCACGCCGGAAAAGGUUGAAUCAACCGAAACCUCAGACAUGGACUUCGAAUUCAUUAUGUGCAAUCCCCCCUUCUAUAGCAGUCGUGAAGACAUUCUGCACUCCGCCGAGGCCAAGGAGUUCGAGCCUACCUCUGUAUGCACCGGCGCCGAUGUCGAGAUGAUCACCCCAGGUGGCGAAGCUGCGUUUGUCCGGAAGAUAGUGAACGAGAGUCUGACCUUGAAAACGCGCUGCAGAUGGUACACUUCGAUGCUAGGCAAGAUGUCGUCUCUGACAGAUGUCGUUGCGCUGCUGCGCGAGAAAAAUAUCGCAAAUUACGCAUGCACUGAGUUCGUCCAGGGACAGACCCGGCGAUGGGCAAUCGCAUGGUCAUUCGGGGACGUCCACCUUCCUGAUAGUCUAGGCCGGGUCGCUAAUCCCGCACUGCAGCGCCUCAUGCCUCCCCGAAAUACUCUGCGGCAAUCGUAUCCAGGCACAAUUCCAAACCGUUUUGCGUCUGUUACGGUGUCCAUACUUUCUAGCAUAGAUAGUGUCUCAGUCCAGCCGUGUGCAGAAGCUGCUCGACGUCCGCUCGACUUGUUGGUGACGGCGCAUCGGGAUACGUGGUCGAGGGCUAGCAGACGGAGGAAGGCAGACCCUGGCACCAUUCAGACGGACGUCGAUUCUCGGCCGACCUUCUUGUGUCGAAUUCGAAAUAUAGGGGAUAAUGCAGGCGUACCGCAAACGACACAAGGAGGAGACGGGUCGGCGCUCGUGUUCGACUGGGUACGUGGAAUUGACAGAGCACUGUUUGAGAGCUUUGCGAGUCAUGUGGGGAGGAAAGUAUCCGCGAUGUUGAUAUCGGACGUUAGCUAG